AAAACCGUAAACAAACCUUGUGGUUGCAAGCAGCAAAACGUGUUGAUUGUGUGCCUCCGAUUACAGAUUCUCCGCCACGAUGCCUGCCGUAGCGAAAAAGUCCCGCCAGGCCAAGCCCAAAACCAAAACCACUCCGGCCAAGAAGCAACCGCUGGUGCUGGUCAAUCGGCCCGCGAAAUUCUCCCCGAAGAAUCCGCCGCUGGGAGCGCCGGAACGGUACGAGAAGGGCAUCCUGUUUGUGAAGCACCUGCCGCACGGGUUCUUCGAGAAGCAGCUGCGGGCGUUCUUCAGCCAGUUUGGCGAUGUGACGCGGGUUCAUGUGGCGCGCUCGAAGCGGACACUGCGCAGCAAGGGUUACGCGUACGUCGAGUUCCGGUACCGGGAGGUGGCCCAGAUUGCGCAGGAAACGAUGGACAACUAUUUGAUGUUUGGGAAGAUUUUGAAGACGGUGCUGUUGCCGGCGAAUAUGCGCCGGAUUCCGCGCCAGUACGAGAAGGCGUUCGACCGGGACGGGAAGGAGACGACCACUUAUAAGGUUUGGUUGCGGAGGGCCGUGGCCAGACAGAAUGGGCGGGUGACGAAGACGAAGGUGGUCGAGCGGAACAACCGGGCGCUGGCCAAGCUGAAGAAGGCCAAGGAGCAGUUCAAGACGAUUGGCGUUGAGUACGAUGUUGAUGAAGUGUCGCCGGACUUUACCGCGGACCAGUUGGCCAAACCCGAGCACGACCCCGAGGAGGAUGCCAAGAAGGCGAAGCGAGCCAAACGCAAGAAGGGCAACAAGAACGAGUCCGUGGACGAAUCGCUGCUGGAAAAGUUGCUGCCGGAGGCAGCCAACUCCGACAACGACGAAGAAGACAGCUCCGACGAUGACGGUGACCUGGAAGCGAGCUUCCUCCCGCUGGAACCGGAAGACUGGGACGAGCCGGCGAGCGGGGAGAGCGACGCUGAGGUGGAAGUUUCGGCCAGCGACAAAAAGUCUGCGCUCCAGUUUGCGGCCAAAGCGAAGGCUCGGCUGGACAAGGAGAAGACCAAGAAGAAGCGCGCACCGGAAGAGGACUCCUCUCCGGUGAAGGCGGCUCCGGCGAGCAAGAAGGCAAAGGCGGAGGUGGAAAGCAGUCCCGAAGUGGCGAACGACAAGAAGAAGAAAGUUAAGGGAAAGGGCAAAAAGGUGGCCGGAGGAGUGACGAAGAAGGCGGCGGCCGUCGUCGGCAAGAAGGGAAAGGUCGUCAAAGAGGCCAGCAAACCGGUCAAGGCAGCGGCCAAGGCGCUGCUUGAAGAUGCUAGUGUAAAGAAGGUCAAGGGAAAGGAUAUCAAGAAGAAGAAGAAUAAGAAAUAAAAAAAAAUCUUUAUUAAAUACAAA